UUAUGUACUGUUUUCUCCAUUCUGGUGUGAUAUGAGCACUCAGGUGCUCUGCGAAUUUCAUUUUCCUUCGAAGAUUGAAUGAUUCGAUGACAAUAGUGCUUGUAUUUCAGUAAAUACGAUAAAACACAGUUAUCGAGACGAAUGGUCCGUCAAGAGGAAUCAUAACGAGUUAUUUUGGGAAAAACAAAUUGAACUUAUGAAAGAUUCCUGCAUGAAAUUCGUUUAGGUUAUGAAUACCGCAUAGUGCUCUCACAAUACCAAGCAUACCUAUUUGAAAAUUUUUACACGGUGACGUUUCGACACGUUUCACUGUGCAGCAUUUUGAUAAUGCUUUUUGCAUCCAAAAGAAUCAACGGAGAACACUGUUUGUUUAUGAUGACGAAACUAACAUUUGCAAGAUACCGACAAUUACGAUUGUACUCAACAAUAAGUGAGUCGAAUAGUUUAUACAAGUCUCAUCCAGGCAUAGUGAAGCCUAGGGUAGUAAACCAGCCCAAACAGCUUUAUGAAGUAAUUAGGUCAUUUAUUAGAGAUGAACGUAUGAAGAAGACAGAUAUUUACGAAAAUGCAAAAAAAUUAGCUUUGCAUCUACAUGGUCGACAUAUUCCACCUGAAGUAGAUGACUUAGUAGCAAAAUGGGAGACAGUCAAAUCUCGUAUUGGGGGACAUAUAGAAGAGGAAGAUCUGAAAAGGAAUAGAUAUGCUAGAAAACUCUACAAGACCCUUGUUUACAAUUGGGCUCCAAUACAAUAUGAUACAAAAACUGGAUUAGCAUAUCUAAUUAGUAGAAGCGUACCAGAAUAUAGCGCUUUGUACAAAAUUUUUAAUGAAAUUAGAACCAAAGAUACUGAUUUCACACCAACAUCAUUGUUUGACUUUGGUUCUGGUAUUGGAACAACUAUAUGGGCAGCAUCCGAUUUUUGGCUUAAGUCCAUUAAAGAAUAUUAUUGUGUCGAUGUUUCUGCCAACAUGAAUGACCUGUCUGCACAUGUUGUAAAAAGGAUAAGGCCCGAGAUAAAUUUCAAAUAUAUUUUCUAUCGGCAAUUUCUACCUGCAUCUGCAUCUCCAACUUAUGAUAUUGUAGUGAGCGCAUAUUCCCUAUUUGAAUUACCAAACCAAAAAUCGCGAAUUGAACUGAUUGCGAAACUUUGGAAAAAGACGUCGCAGUACCUAGUCAUUGUAGAACAAGGAACAAAGGCUGGCUUUGAUUUAAUAAACGAAGCUAGAGAAUUCAUUCUGAUGUACAACAAGUCCGAGGUGCACGUAUUUUCACCCUGUCCACACGAUUUAGAAUGCCCUAGGUCGGCAGACGAAACUCCUUGUAAUUUUGAGCUGAGUUACUUGACGCUACCAUUUCCUGAAAAGUCCGAAUAUAAACAUGAACGAUAUUCGUAUGUGGUGUUCAAGAAAGGAGAUCGUGCUGAAGAUGACGAUGGGUGGCCAAGAAUAGUUAGGCCAGUAUUAAAACGUUCAAAACACACUAUUUGUCGUAUGUGCACAGCUGCUGGAGAAUUAAAGGAAUACAUUUUUACUGAAUACAAAAAUGGAAAAACCAUGUACAAAUUUGCAAGAUGCAGCAAAUGGGGCGACCGUUUACCUUUUGCAGAAAUAGAAGAAAUGACUACAAAACAGAAAACGGGAGAAACUGUCGAUGUAAAGGAAACAGAUGUAGAGGAAACAGACACAGAUGAAACAGAUGUAGAAGAAACUACCGAAGAUUCCAAAUAAAUAUGAAUUCAUAUCACAGAAUUCCUUUUGCCUAGUAGAAAUACUAUCAGACAAUUAUUUUUGUAAAUAAACUUCCUUUUAUGUACUGUUAAUUGAGACAAUUGUUUCUAUCAAUUUGUUUAUAUUUUAUACAGUACCUGAAGACAGUGUAUUAAUAAAAAAAAACAAAAUAAAAUU